AUGGCUUUCAUAACCAGACUAUUCAUGCGCUCCAUGUCCUCCUCCUCCACCACCAUGGCCUCAGCAAAGAAAAUUCUUGUCAAGCACAUGAAAGUCAUUGGUGGUGGGCUGAUGGGCACCAGCAUUGCCCAGGUUGCUGCAGCAACUGACCACACAGUAGUGUUGGUGAACCAAACAGAGGACAUCCUGGCAAAAUCUAGAAAGGGAAUUGAGGAAAGUCUUCAGAAAGUGGCCAAGAAGAAGUCUGCAGAAAACCUCAAGGGUGCUGAUAAGUUUGUGGCAAAGACUCUGAGCAGCAUAUCGACCAGAAUGGAUGCAGCAUCCAUGGUCCACAGCAUAGACCUGGUGGUGGAGGCCAUUGUAGAGAAUCUGCAGAUGACGAAUGAGCUCUUCAAGAGGCUGGGCAAGUUUGCUGUGGAACACACACUCUUUGCCAGCAACACUUCCUCAUUGCAGGUCACAAGCCUAGCGAAUUCCACCACCAGACAGGACCAAUUCGCUGGGCUCCAUUUCUUAAACCCAGUUCCUUUGAUGAAGCUUGUGGAGGUCAUUAAAACACCAAUGACCAGCCAGAAGACCUUUGAAUCUCUGCUAGACCUCAGCAAAGCCCUAGGAAAGCAUCCUGUUGCUUGCAAGGACACACCUGGGUUUAUUAUGAACCAUCUUCUGGUUCCAUACCUCAUAGAAGCAGUCAGGCUGUAUGAACGAGGUGACAUGUCCAAGGAAGACGUCAACACUGCUAUGAAGCUGGGAGCUGGGUACCCCAUGGGUCCAUUUGAGUGUCUCGAUUAUGUUAGACUGGAUACUACAAAGUUCAUCCUGGAUGGUUGGCAUGAAAUGGACUCAAAGAAUCCCCUGUUUCAGCCCAGCCCAUCCCUGAAUAAGUUAGUAGCAGAGAAUAAGUUUGGCGAGAAGACUGGAGAUGAACAUUACAAAUACAAGUGA